GUUUAAGGAAGGGAGGAGCAUCAGCUGCACAUGUGCUAGAUAUACUGUGGUGUAAUGGGGAACAGGUCACUGAGAAAUUUGGGACUUUAAUUUAAGACUUUUAAUUUUGGGUUUUUAUUCACAAGUUGAGUUUGUGAUCAGUGAGAGUUAGAGAAGUAGUUAUCUAGUUUUUCAGUACAACACUGAUUAGCUAGUUCAAAGUCCUAUAACUACUUGGACGCAAUCAACAAUUUUAUGCCUUGCACAAACGAGUUCAGUAAAAGUUGUCAUGUAUUUUAAUGCUAACUGAAUGAAGCACCCAUGCAUGUGCAGUUCAUAUAACGUGCAUAAAUCAUCCUGAUUUUUCUCAUGUUUCCCCUUCUGACCAGUGAAACUGGUGGUGCAGCUUGAAACAAAUCCUUCCUGCCAUUUAGGAAGCUCUUUGAAAUGCUCAUCAAGACUUUGCCUUUCUUGGGUAAACAUUGCUUCUGUCUGGGACUCUUGAUGGGCUCAGAUUAGGACGUAGCAGGAAUUUCCUUAAACUGUUACCACCCUCUCAAUUAUAAACCCCAGCAAACCUCAAUCGCAUCCCAUUUGGAGAGAGUGAGAGAGAAACAGAAGUUGGUGUGGACAUGAGCACAACACUGAUUGGACACAAUUUUUAAAUCUUCCGUAGGUUUAUUCGCGGACAUAUAUGAGUGGGAGAAGACAAACAAGAAAGCAGGAUUAUUAAGGCUCAUCAGAGAGGUUUGGUUUUGCUUGUCUCUGCAUUAGGUUAUUGGAAUGUGAACCCUAUCAACACUUCAGGCACAUAAACCCUAACACCAACCUUUGACCUGCAGUUUGGUCUGUUUAUGAGUUAAUAAUUGGAGAUAAUAAGAUACAUUUUAGUUUCUAUUUUUAACCAGAGACAGCAUUUGCUCUGAGACGGACAGGAGGAUAAAGCUCCACACUUUCAAGAAGCUGUACCCAAGACAGUGCUGCAAUCAUGGGUGAAUGGAGCUUCCUUAGUGGACUCUUUGAUAACCUCCAAGCCCACUCGCCGAUGCUUGGUCGUUUCUGGCUCUUACUCAUGCUUGUCUUUAGGAUACUGAUCAUGGGAACUGUAGCCAGUGACCUGUUUGAUGAUGAGCAAGAGGAGUUUGCCUGCAACACCCUCCAGCCGGGCUGCAAACAGGUGUGCUACGACAUGGCCUUCCCUAUCUCCCAGUACAGAUUCUGGGUGUUUCACAUCGUCCUCAUCGCCACACCUUCACUGCUUUUCCUCAUAUAUGCCAUGCAUCACCAUAACAAGAGGAACAGCCGCUCCAAAUUCAGCCAAAUUUGCAGCCAGGACUACAGAGAAGACAUCCGUUUAAGGAGGCUUUACAUUAUCAACGUGGCCUUCCGCAUAGUGGCAGAAGUUGGCUUUCUGGUGGGCCAGUGGCUGCUGUACGGCUUCAAGGUGGAGGCCCAGUUCCUCUGCAGCCGCUUUCCUUGCCCCCACACAGUGGACUGCUUCACCUCCCGCCCUGCAGAGAAAACAGUCUUCCUCUGCUUCUACUUCAUUGUAGGGGUGAUAGCAGCGAUUUCCAGCUGUGCCGAGCUGCUCUACGGCUCCUCUAAGUGGUUUUGCUCAAGGCAGCCCUUCACCCCAGAGCGCUCCUGCGUCUGCGAGAACCUCCACAACUUAAAGCAAGAGGAAGUGAUGGCAGAGGAGAAACCCAGAGGAAGGACAGUGUCAGAGAGUGCAGCCAGCAGCGUGAGGCUGAAAGGAGGAUCGCUGAGGAGCAACGCAAGUAGGAAAGUCUCCAGAGUCUGCCACAAGCACAGGGGCGGCAAAUAUGUGAGCAGCAGGACUCUCAUGGUGUGAGAGGGCCUUGAUUCAAACAUGCUGAAAUAAUUUAUUUUCAUCUAAAUGUUAUAACCAUAUUACUAAUUCCUGUAUGCCGUGUCACAACAAGUUGUUUCACUGUUAAUGAGUAAAGAAGUGUUUAGACAUCAUAAGGAAAUGCUUGGGAGAUUGGGAAAUGAGCGAAGACAAGAAAUGAAGGCUUUGAUAAGGCGGAUGCGUUGUUGACUUGUUUGGUCUGAUGAGUGACAGGAGGGGAAAAGCCUUUGGAUUACACUUGAUACACUGAUUGCUUCUUUGUUUCAAAGAGAACUGAUUGUACAUGCCUCUGCCACACCCUUAGUAAUGGAAAAAUCCACCAUAAAAUAGCAUUUAAGUCAAAAUCUAUAGAUGAAGACAACUGUCUCUGUAAACUGGAAACCAUUUCUGAAUUCUAUUUUAGCGUGAAAUAGUUCCACAUCUGGGGAAAAAUGCUUAUUUGCUUUCUUACUGAGAGUUCAUGACUGUAUGUUAAUAGAAAGCUAUAGCCAGCAGCUAGUUAGCUUAGCUUAGCACAAAGACUGAAAACAGGGUCCAAAGCUCAUGAAAUCCACCUACCAGCACCUUAUACCACGUUAUAUCUGGCUUGUUCAAUCCAUAAGAAAACAAAAGAAAGUGUAAAAACAAUACAAUAUGGUUUUAUGACUAUUUCUUGGACGGGAGCAGUAACUUUCUGGAGCUAGCUGUUACCCUCCGUUUCCAGUCUUUGUGCUAAGCUAAGCUAACCCGCUGCUGACAGUAGUUUCAGACUUACUGCACAGAUAUGAGAGUGGUAUCAGUCUUCUAACUCUCAACAAGAAAGCAAAUAAGCAUUUCCCAAAAUAUCUAAUUAUUUCUCUAAGUAUGGUAAGCUGGUAUGAGCUGUUAUGAGUUAUAAUGACAGGGAAGUAAGUUAGGUUCUAUAUUGAGGCAUUCAUUGUAAACAUUUAGACCCUGAGGUCCUCAGUGUAUUUAAUACCUUCAUUUAUCAAGGUUGUAAUGUUGUCCUUUCAGUACCACUUUUUAAUAAGGCACCCUUUAUAAAGGGUUCACAAGUUAUAACUAAUGGCUUUAUUAAUGGUAAAUAAAUAAUUUGCUAAAUCUUUAUAGAACAGUUAUAAGCUCUUAAUAAGAACAACUUUUGGGUUGCCUUCUGGAAAAUGGCUUCAGAGGCUAUGGCCCAAACUCCAUUUAUUAACAACUUAUUAAGCUUGUAUUAAUUGCAUUUAUAACGACAUUAUUAUUAGAUAGAAAGGAUAAACACUGGCCAAAGGGAUUUUUCACAAUUUUGCAAACCAAUAGUUGUUCCUAUCAAUGGCUUGUAAAUGAUCUAUAAAGUGUUAGUAAAUUAAUCCUUAACCAUUAAUAAAGUCAUUAGUUAUAACUUACAAACCCCUUAUAAAGGAUGCUUCAUUAAAAAGUUGUACCAGACUUUUUAAACAAGGACAACCCUACCACCUGACAAUAGUUACUUUAUAGUAAAUCCCAUUAUACAGUAUGAUCAUUUCAUUGAAUAACAUCCAUCACAUUGUGACCAUGACCAGGAAGGGUAAAGGGCUGAUUUUGAAAUAAUGUUCUGUUUUUGUUUUUUUAAAUAAAUUAUAACUUUCGCUUGAAUGUGAUGAUGUGAACAGAGAGUGUAAUUCACAGGCGUACACCAAGAGCAGCUGGCAGCAGGACUGGUUGCUCAGGUUUUACUUUCGCUACAUGAAUCUUUCACAUGAUCAUGAAUGAAGUGAUGAAAAACUGCACGUACUUCAGAACCUUUUGUGAAAUCAAUGAUGUUUCAUCCCAGUGUUUUACUUUUUACUAAGUAUUGUAAAUGGUAACAUAUUUCAUUAUGUUUGGCGACUGACAUGACUGAAGUUUUUUUAUUGGCACUUCUGUAACAGAUAUUUCUGCUUGUCAUGCUUAUAUUUUCAAAGUGCACUGUAAAUGGGCCAGUUGAGUGCAAAGCAAGUCAUACAGUAUAGAUGAAUUCAGUUUCCCAUAGUAUGUUUCUGUUUGUUUGAGAGACUGUUGUUGUUGCAAAAUGUAAUCUGUUAAACAGCAUAUCAGAAACAAGCAGAGUGGCAUUUUUCAAAUUUCAUUGCUGCGCAGGAUGUUGAACAUGAAGCUACUUGUUGCUUUGAUGUUCAAGCUCAUGAUUUGUCGACUAAAAAAACACAUCAACAGAUGUUUAACAUGCUAUUGUUAUCAUUCAGUUUUACUCUUUUUUUACACUCAAGUGUAUCUGCAGGAAUUAUGCUGUGACGCCACUCUGCUCUAAAUUGCGUUGUUGUAACAUACAAGGGUGGUGUGAGGGACUCUAAUCAAAGCUGCCUCAUAUCGUCACUCUUCACCUACAGAACAUGAAUAUUAAAGUUCCCCUCAUUUCAAAAAUGUGUUUCGCUUAUUGUUACUUCAUUUGGAUGUUUGUGCAGAGUUUGACACUAGAAGACGGCUUUCACAUUCAGCUGCUGAAGGGGAAAAUGUAUCAGUCGAAGAUGUCCAUUUAUUUUCAUGUUCUACUAAUUUA